CCGCGGCGGGCGGGCAGUGCGGCAGCAGGAGCCGGCGAAGAGUGGUGCUUGUACCUGAGAAAUCAUGCUCAACUUCAGAUGCAUCCAGAAGUUACUGCAGUACCUGAAAUUUUUCAUUUAUUUACUUAUUGAGAAUCUCAUCUGUGUAUUUCCUCUAUGCAAAAAAUCUUUUGCUGGUGAAAUAGUUCUUAUUACUGGUUCCGCAAAUGGGAUUGGAAGGCAGAUUGCCUUAAAAUUUGCUCCUUUAGGAGUGACUUUGAUUCUCUGGGACAUCGAUGACAAAGGUAACAAAGAAACAUGCAGAUUAGCCCAAGAAAAAGGAGCUAACCGGGUGUUUGUCUAUCAUUGUGACUGCAGCAAUAGAGAGGAUGUCUAUGAAAAGGCAGACAAGGUUAAAAAAGAAGUUGGGGAUGUUACUAUUCUAAUCAAUAAUGCUGGCAUACUGAUUGGGAAGAAGUUCUGUGACCUUUCAGAUGCAGAUUUUGAAAAGACCUUCAAAACCAACUUCUUCUCUCAAGUCUGGACUUGCAAGGCUUUUCUUCCAGCCAUGGUGGCCUGUAACCGUGGGCACCUGGUUAGCACAGCCAGUGCAAGCGGAUUGCUGGGACUCUACAGAGCGACAGAUUAUGCUGCAAGCAAGUAUGCAAUCAUUGGAAUGAUGGAAGGCAUUAGUUCAGAACUGUAUCAUGCAGGAAAACAUGGCAUUAAAACCACAAUCAUUUGCCCUUAUUUUGUUAACACUAAAUUAAGUAAAGGUUUCCAAAGCGCAAAACCUCUUUUACUUCCUGUUUACGAUCCAGAGUAUGUAGCCAGCAAGAUCUUGAAUGCAAUUAAAAAGGAAAAGUUUUAUCUAAUCAUGCCUCCAACUUUACGCUUAUUGGGUUUGAAAACUUUCGUUCCUAGAAAAUCAAUACUAUGCUUCGAAUCAUGCAUCAAGUUCCCUGAGAGCAUGGAUAAAGCCUUUGGUCAGAAAGAAAAGGAUUGAAACAAAAAUAUUCUGAAGACUGCAAGUGCCAUCAAAUUGAAUAUUUUCAGUAAAAAAUAAGUUUGAUUCAUGUUUAUUCUUUGACAGACAAUUUACUUCUUGUAUGAUAUUUGACAGUGGUCUACAUGCAAUUUAAUUCUUCAUAAUUGUCUUUUAUGUCUUUAUAUUUGGUAAUUUUCCGAGUAACCUUUGAAAAAUCACUGAAAUUUAAAAUUAAAUAGGUAUUAUAUUAAGUGACUAAGCAACAACUUGGCAUGGACUGUA